GGGUGGAGCCGAGAUCCUUUUACACAAGAGUCAAUCACUCCAAUUGGUUCACUCCAGAUUUGAAACCAGUUCCAGUCUGAAUGUGGGACACAGCCGAGAAAGGGGAGCUCCCUACGCUUCCUGCUUCAGGAUUUAAAUGUCCAGGAAACAGCCUCGCAGAGAGAGGAGGAAGGAGCCGCUUGGAAGGGACUGGGGUGAGCACCAGGGCUCUGCCCAACAAAUAAAGGAUGAUCCAGCGACACCAGCUGGUUCAAUCUGUGCUUCAGGAGCUGCAAGAGGCUACGGAAUGCUUUGGGCUAGAGGGACUAGUCAGCACAGCCUUGGAAGCUGACAGGACUUUGUCCUCAUUCUCCUUACCUAGCUACCAUGGGAGGCAGUUCCAGGAAGAGCUAGAAGUUGACCGGGUAGCAAAAAGUCUUUACCCAGAAGAUGCUCCCAGCAAUAUGUUGCCUUUGAUCUGCAAAGGUGAAGGGAACCACCUGUUUGAGGCUGCCAGUGUGCUGUUGUGGGGGACCACAAGCCUAAGUCUGGAGUUGCAGGUGCGCACAGCAGUGGAGAUGUUGCUUCACAAGCAAUAUUAUCUGCAUGGCAUGAUUGACUCCAAAGUGAUGCUGCAGGCUGCUCGCUAUUCGCUGUGCACAGAGGAAUCUCCUGAGAUGACUAGCUUACCCUUGGCCAUCCUAGAGGCCAUUUUUGAUGCUGACAUCAAAGCAACCUGCUUCCCUGGCACCUAUGCCAACAUGUGGCACGUGUAUGCCCUGGCAUCAGUGUUGCAAUGUAACAUCUAUUCCAUCUACCCAAUGAGCAACUUGAAAAUCCGGCCAUACUUCAACCGGUUGAUCCGACCCAGGAAGUGUAGCUUGCAAGUUUCCACGCUCCACAUCAUGUGGUCAGGGCAGCAGCUCUCCUCCCAGGUAUUCAAAGCUCAGUAUUUUGUGCCUGUUGUCGGCCUGGAAGAGCUGGAACCCACAAACCCACCUCCAGAGCCUCAAGUGCAGCCAGUGAAGACCUUGGAGCUGUUGAAUAAGGAUCCCCAGGUGACUUACUCUAACCUACGUGAAAGGUACAGCAUUACCAAAAGUACUUUUUAUCGAUGGAAGCGCCAGUCUCAAGAGCACAGGCAGAAAGCGGCCGCCAGGUUUGCGGCCAAACACUUCCUGCAGUCCUGCUUCCAAGAGGGCAAGGUUGUCCCUCUUCAGCACUUCCGACAAAUGUUCCCUGAAAUCUCUCGCUCCACUUACUAUGCCUGGAAGCACGAGAUGCAGAAUAUGAUUAAUGGUGGGGCCUCUUCCCCUGCUGAAGCUGUACUGCCCAAGGAUCCUCAGGCAUGCAAACCAGAGAAUCUUCAUGCAAACACAGAUGGUAUAACGAAGUCUGAGGGAGGCCUGGCUUCCACAAGCCUUCUCCUGAAUUCCAACCAAAAUGGGACGUCCAUGCAAGGAGCCAAGUCUUACCUGGAGAAGUGCAUUUCCAUGAAUACACUUGUGCCCUACAGGAGCUUCAAGCGUAGCUUUCCUGGCAUCUCUAGGUCCACCUACUACAACUGGAGGAGAAAGGCCAUCAAGGGAAACCCCAGCUUCAUGCUUUCCCCCCCACUUUCUGUCAGCCAGAACCCCCUUAUGAACAGGAAGCCAUAUCUGCCAUUCAAGCCAGGAAGCCUGCCUAGUGGGAAGAUGCUCAAUGGGCACCAUCUGGGGCCUCGUAUUCUCAUGCGUAUCAAGCCAUCUCUAUACAACUGGCAAAAGCAACUUCGUGACUUGGCCAAGAAACAUGUCCACCAGUGGAAAAUGCCCUUCUGCAAGUUCCGCCUGCGCUAUCCAGGCGUUUCUUCCACAACCUAUUGGUUCUGGAGGAAAAACAGCAGCAGCCAGACCAAAAAGCGUAACCUUUUCUCAAACAGGAUUUCCAAAAACUUGCAACAGACUACGGCAGAGACUAGUGGGAAGGCAGAGCUUCAAUUCCAUCCACCACAGCAAAAGGAGACUGCUCCAGUUCUUGUAGACAAGCAACCGCCUAAACCUUUCAACACCAUGGUACCAGGCUACCAAAUGGCAGACAACAACAUGUUUGUGAUGGAUGUGAUUGCUACAGCUCAAUUCAAAGCCCAGGCCAAACUGUUUCUCCAGAAACGCUUUGAGUCAAAAACCUUCCCAACGUACAAAGAGUUCAGAGCCCAUUUUCCCCUAACGGCACGUUCCACUUACUACAUGUGGAAACGUGCCCUUCAUGAUGGACUGACCCUGGUAGAUGCCUGAGGUUUAUCAAGGCUCUAGCCAGUUUACUUUUGGAAGUGGCUGUCAUCUUAUCAAUGGGUCAUGCAACCUCUAUAAGUAGUUACUUUUGUCUUUUUUUAUUAUCAUUUUCUAGGUUUCCAGAGUUGGAGACUAAUUUUGCAAAGCUUUGGUCCCUGGAGGUGUGGAGAAAGUUGGAGAGAUACUGGGGAUGAUGUAUUGCUUUUCUGCUGGGCCACUGAGGUGCCCAUAUAAACGUUCUUAUUUUUCUGAGCAAUAGGCCAGAAAACUAUUGGUGGUGGUAGGGUCUCUAGUGUUGCUGUACGUUUUACUGACUGUGCAAGUUGUCUUGUAUCUUUAAAUGUAACUGUGGCCACAAUCUUUAGGGCUGUGAAGUGGUUAUAGGUCUGGGUGUGUACCUUGUUACUUAUGUAGAUUGUUGGCUUCAGCAACUUAACUCCUAGACAUAAUUCAUGUUCUACUUCUCCCAGUGUAAAACUGCAAAAUCUCCUCCCUGUGAAUGUGUGAUACAAACAGGAGAGGCUCAUUAAAACCUCAGAAUGGAAAUCAAAA